AUUGAUGCCUCGCCCACCUCCUCCAUUCCCCUUCCUCUUUCUCAUUCUAUCUACCGCCGCCGCAGAAAUAUUCAUCCAGAUAUGGAAUCCGCGACGGAAGGCAUUUCCAAGCUCGGCAUCAAUGGCGAUUUCGCGUCCUCCGUCCCUAAUCUGCACAAGAACCUCUCGCUUCUGUCACCUGACCAGAUUGAGUUGGCGAAAAUGCUUGUGG